CAUGGACACCCAAAUGAAUAAAGCAAAUAGCAGCACCGUCUCCCCCCUCAUAAUUUUCGAGAGCGAAGGAGCGAGCGGUGGGCGGCCUGUCUCUGCCUCCGUCUCCAUCUCCAAACAAACCCACCCCGGUUUCAUUUUUUCUAGUCGAUCAAUCUCUAAUUCAACAAAUUUCUUUCUCAAAAUUCAAUUUUGUGAUCAUCAUUAAUUAACAGAGAAGAGAAUUGAAACGAAUUUUGAGAGAGAGAUCUGCAAUGGAAGUGACUUCUUCUUCUUCUUCUUCAUGGGACGCUUUACGCAAACAGGCAAGGAAACUUGAAGCUCAGUUGGAUGAGCAGAUGAGCUCAUUUCGUAAACUAGCAUCCUCGAAGGGUUCAACAAAAGUUGAUUUUCCAGAGAAUGAUCUUGAAUCUGGGAUAGACAGGCUAUUAAAACAGCUCCAGCAAGUAAAUUUACAGAUGCAAGCUUGGGUAUCAUCUGGGGGAUCAGAAAUGGUUUCUCACACCUUGACUCGGCAUCAGGAAAUUCUUCAGGAUCUUACUCAGGAGUUUCAUCGUCUCCGUUCUGGCAUGAGAGCUAAGCAAGAACAUGCUCUUCUUCUGGAAGACUUUAGGGAGUUUGAUCGAACAAGAUUAGAUUUGGAAGAUGGAGUUGGUUCUGCAGACCAAGCCCUUCUUAGAGAACAUGCAUCUAUUAGCCGAAAUACUGGGCAGAUGGAUAAUGUGAUUUCACAAGCUCAAUCUACUCUUGGUGCACUAGUUCUUCAACGUUCAACUUUUGGAGGAAUAAAUUCAAAGCUGAGUAAUGUCAGCAGCCGCCUCCCAACGGUAAAUCAAAUUCUAUCAGCAAUAAAGAGGAAAAAAUCCAUGGAUACCAUCAUACUUUCCCUGGUUGCAUCCGUAUGCACUUUUCUUAUUUUUAUUUACUGGUUGACCAAGUAAGAAUUUCAUUGUGCGCCUGCUUGGAGGUUGCUUGUGUAGAUGAAAUGAUAAUUAUUUUAAUAAUAAAAUGGUGAUGGUCCGAUGAAAGGUGGUGAUAACGGUGGUGAGUGGUUUUGGUGAGCGCUGGCGGUGGUUUUGAUGAAUAUCAUAUAAAUCGGUAGUGCAAGAAAAACAUCAUCAUCAUCUUCUCGUUUCCUUCUGUGACCACUACGCCGCUGCAACAUCGGCGUUGGCAAGGCUGACAUUGUCCAUGCAAGGAAACGGCAUGGAGCGAUGCUUUUUAGUGAAGGGUGCUCCUGAUAUCAAUAGGAAUGGACACUGUACUUACUCCAUCAACAAUACGAACAGUUGCUCCGCCGUGCUGAUGACCAAAUCAUGUAAAGCUAGUAGAAAAGAGGCGGGUUAACACUUGCAUGCAACCAUGGACUCUAGUUUUUGUGCUUAACGGGUCCCUAUACUAUUUUAUUUUAUUUUAUUUCCAUUUAUAUCAUCCUUAUAAUAUCAUAAUUGUCAUUGUCAUGAUCUUCUACCAGUUUUUUAUAGCCAAGACUGUUCAAUAAUGGCAAGUGUCAGCUUUUUAAUAUUUCACUAAUGUACAUUUUGGUUCUUAAUUUUUUUAGUAAUUUUUAUUUUGGCCCCUGUAA